GGCAGCCAGGCCGCGGCUCCCUCCCUCCCGGCUGCGCUCGCUCUGCUCCGCCCGGCAGCGGGGCCGGCCCGUGGCGAGGCGAGGCGGCGCCGGGACUCUGCCCAGCCCGGAGCGGGAGCGGAGCUCGGCCGGGCCGGGCCCGCUGGAGAAGCCCCGCCCGGGGGGGGCCAUGGCCGAGCGGGCCGCUGCCCAGCAGGCUCCGCAAUGGGAUGUCACAGCAGAGCAACCAGUGCCUUUAACCCCCCCGGCUGCCUCUGAUCAUACUUCUGAGGCAGAAAUGCAGCUGCCGCUGGAACAGACUGCCAUGUGGCCCGAGGUGACUGUGGAGACGACCGUGGAGUCGCAUGCCACGCGACUGUUGACGCUAGAGGGAAGAAUGGGGAUGGCGGAGAACAAACUAGUCGGCUGCGAGAGGACAGUGGUGGAGUUUGGGAACCAGCUGGAGAGUAAAUGGGCCGUGCUGGGAACUCUGAUCCAGGAGUACGGGCUGCUGCAGAGGAGGCUGGAGAACAUGGAGAACCUGCUGAAGAAAAAAGAUGUCUGGAUCCUAAAACUUCCCCCAGGCGCCCAGGGAGAAGUCCCUAAGGUCCCUGUGAAGUUCGAUGAGGUCUCGGGCUGUUUCUCCGGGCAGGAGUGGGGGGUUUUAGAGCAACGGCGGGAGGAGCUUCACAAGAACACAAUGAGGAACAACUAUGAGACGUUGAUCUCGCUGGACAAUGCUGCUUCCACGCCUGAUGCUCAGUCCCCGAUUGAAGUCCAGGAACAGCAGGAAUCUCGAAAAAGAGAAACCCCGCCGGAUCCCAGCACAGGAUCUCCCACUUCUACUCCCAGCGACAGCUCAUGGAUUAAACAAGAGGAAACGCCAUGUGCUGAGAGUCAGGGGGGCUUGGUGGAGAGAGAAAUCCCUACAGAUCCCAUCAAGGCAGACGAGUGGUGUCUUGAGGACAGUGCUGCCAUCCCGGAACUUCCCAAGGGGGCGCAGGGAAGCUCAGAGGAGGAUUUCCAGAGACCUGCUGCGAGAUGGAGCCCCGGAAGUCAGUGCAGCUCAUUGACACAGCACGGAAACCCUGCAGGAAGCAGCCUGGGCCAGCCCACUCUGUGUGGAGGAGACUUCAGCGGCCUUGCAACAGCCACUGAGCAGGAGGAAAGUCACCCAGGAGAGGGGCCGUAUAUAUGCAAUGAAUGUGGGGAAAGCUUUGUCUGUAAGCAGUUGUUCGCAGUGCACCAGGGAGUCCACGCAGCAGGGGGAGUCUGCAUUUCUCCAGCAUGUGGAGAAGGCCUCAGUCAGAAAUCCAGUCUCCUACAUCCCCAGAGAAGCCAGGUCCUGGGAGGUGCAAAGCCCUACAAAUGCUCUGAGGGCGAGAUAAACUUCAGCCUCAAAUCCAGCCUUCUCAAGCACCAGGUCAGUCACACAGGCCCGUACACCUGCGCUAAGUGCAGGAAGAGCUUCAGGCUGAAGAUAAGCCUCCUCGUCCACCAGCGACUCCACGUGGGGAAGGGCGAGGGCUCGCUGCUCUGUACGGACUGCGGGAAGAACUUCACCCACCCCUCGCAGCUGGUCCGGCACCAGCGGAUCCACACGGGCGAGCGGCCCUACCAGUGCACCGACUGUGAGAAGAGCUUCACGGAGAAGUCCAAGCUCACCAACCACUACCGCACGCACACCGGCGAGCGGCCCUACGCCUGCGCCCAGUGCGGGAAGCGCUUCAUCCGCAAGCACCACCUGCUGAAGCACCAGCGCGUGCACACGGGCGAGCGGCCCUACCAGUGCCCCGAGUGCGAGAAGAGCUUCACCCAGAAGUACUACCUGGUCGAUCACCAGCGGCUGCACACAGGCGAGCGCCCCUUCCAGUGCCCCACCUGCCAGAAGAGCUUCACCGAGAAGUCCAAGCUCACCAGCCACUUCCGCAUCCACACGGGGGAGCGGCCCUACCACUGCGGAGAGUGCGGGAAGCGCUUCACGGAGAAAUCCCAGCUCACCAACCACUUCCGCAUCCACACCGGGGAGCGGCCCUACGCCUGUGCCCAGUGCGACAAGUGCUUCAUCCGCAAGCACCACCUGCUGAAGCACCAGCGCGUGCACACGGGCGAGAGACUCCACCGCUGCCCCCAGUGCGAGAAGAGCUUCCGCUACAAACAGUCACUGAACUGCCACCUGAAAAUCCACCUGGGGAACCACUGCCCCAUGGGCAGAGCCCUGUCCCCUGAGCAACAAACCCCGGCUAGACCUCUUUGUGUGUGAGAGAGACGGGGCAGGAGUCCCUGGGCGGGGAGUGCCUUGCAGGUCCUGACGUCAUGUGACGUACAGGGAGGCUGGGAUUUCCAGUUUGACCUACAGGAGUGUGCAGUGUUGUCAUAGCUGUGUUGGUCCCAGGAUAUGAGAGACAAGGUGGGUGAGGGAAUCUCCUUUUAUUGGACCAAAUUCCGAUAAGAUAUUACCUCACCCACCGUGUCUCCCUACAGGAGUUAGACAUCCAACUCCGGGGCAUCACCUUCCCUGAGGCUGCUUGGAAAAUCGCAGCCUAAAACAACCCACUAAAUUCCUUAAACAUCCAGCCUACAGCCAGUGCUGGAUAACUGUUUUAUAACUGCUGGCAGUUUCAUGCCACUAUCCUUUAAGGGGUAUUUAAUAAAACUACCUAGUUCUCACGUGGCACUUUUCAUCAGUAGAGCCCAACGUGCUUUCCAAAUUUAAAAUUAUUUUAACAGGGUCUAAAUUUUGGGAGCCCAGCUGGAGAAGCCUUAACGGAGCCUGCUUGGCACUUGCUUAAAAUCAGACCUCUUGAAGGCCAAAUCAAAAACUGAGGGGGCCCCCAAAUCACUUGUCACUGCUGAAGAACAUAGGCCAUGAUGUGCGGCUGACUCCUGUUUAAAGUCUCUUUGGUAAUAAAUAUGAACUUUUUCCGGGGGGGGCUUUCAAGUUGGGAGGUGUUGCCAGCUAUUCAUUGGCUUGUGGAUAUUCGGAAGGGGUACAGGUUCCACUUUCACUGUUGUUCCAUCUCAUUUUGCUGCCACACCGAGCCAGGAGAGGGAAGCAUUAGACUAAAAAGCCCGGUGGUGUUGAAACGCCAUGAUCAGCGCUCCUACCUACGGGCCAGGGGCUGGAACGGGGACUUCCUCCCCGCCCUGUUUGGAAGGGAAGGUUUACGCUGGGUGGAAAGAAGGAGGCAGAUGCACAGUCUAAGCCUGACGUUACCAGGUACUGAGUGGUCUCCGGUCCUGUUGACUGCAAUGGGAGUUGAUGGCACAGCUCAGCACUUUGUAGGAUUAGACCCACAGAGUGGAGAGCUUAAAAGCAAGAGGGACCGAGGGCCUGCAGUGAGCAGCUGAAUGGAGUAAAGAAAGCAUGGAAAGGGCAGCACUGGGGGGGAUGGGGAGGCAGGUGGCAGUGAGUGGAGAAUGGAGCAAAGGGGACAGUGAGGAGGGAUGGUGGGGGUGGGGGGAGAAAAGAGAGGUGAUCCUCCCAGGAGGAGAGCAGAGUCCCUCAGCUCUUCGCUCCGCCUCUGGUGAGGGGAGUUUGAUAGCUGGCAGGCUCAGGCUUGUUUGGUUUGGGGCCAGUGGAAAGGUGGCCACAAUCCAUUCAGAUUCAUAAAUGGAGGGGGUGUCACUCUUGGUCAAGUAGAUCAUGGUUUCUGAGUACACUUUCCAGUAAACAUCCUAAAGAGCUGCUGGGUUGGUGACAGUAAAACCUGGCAGGGUGUCUCCUGAAUGAUCCAAACCAUGCGGACAAGGAGGGAAUUCAAACACUUGUGUAAAUAUCAGUUGAAUGAACACGGUGCCUCUAACUAAACGUCUUUCCCUUGGUUUCAA